GACUGAUCUCCUUGAGCCCGGAGGUCUGUGGAUUUCCUGGAGCCGCUCGCCCUUUCCCCGUCCACCUCAAACGUAUCCACCUCGUGGGUCUUCCUUUUUUCUCCUUCUCUCUGGCAAGCAAUUUGUACCGUUUGAAUUCGCCCCACUGCCUGCCCCUUUGAUUCCUGCACUUUGAAAUGCAAACCUGCCUUUCAAUGCAAAUGCUCCGAGAGGUUGGCCCAAUAAAAGCCUUUCGUCAGGGAGGUGCCUUUGCGAAGUGGGAGAAAGCUGCCCAAGAAGUUCAGGUGAACAGCUUAUCAGGAAGGAGUGGGAGCGGAGUUACGGGGAGCUCAGGCCAAGCCUACAGAGCGGCAGAGGCACAUUAUGCGCGCAGGGCCAUCCGGGGAUGAUGUAUGUGGGCUAUCUUUUGGAUAAGGACACUAACAUGUACCCUAACCCGGUCAGGCACCCCAGCCUGAACCUCAACCCCCAGAACUACGUGCCUGCGCCCCCUCAGUAUUCGGAUUUUGCCAGCUACCACCACGUGCCAGGGAUUAACAGUGACCCACACCAUGGGCAACCUGCGGGCGCCUGGGGCUCGCCAUACACACCCACCAAGGAGGACUGGCAUUCGUACGGGCCUGGAGCCGCUUCUUCCGUCGCUAACCCGGGGCAGCUUGGAUUCAGCCCCACCGAUUUUAAUCCAAUUCAGCCUCCAGGCUCUGGACUCCUACCUCCACCCAUCAACAGCUCAGUGGCCCAGCUCUCCCCCAAUGCGCAAAGGCGCACCCCCUAUGAGUGGAUGAGGCGCAGCGUUCCAACCAGCAGCAGCAGUGGCAAGACCAGAACAAAAGACAAGUACCGGGUGGUGUAUACGGACCACCAGCGCCUGGAGCUGGAGAAGGAGUUCCACUACAGCCGCUACAUCACCAUCCGGCGGAAAGCGGAGCUGGCGGCAACGCUCGGGCUCACCGAACGGCAGGUGAAAAUCUGGUUCCAGAACCGGAGAGCCAAGGAGAGGAAGGUGAACAAGAAGAAGAUGCAGCAGCAGACGCAACCCACAAGCACCACCACUCCCACCCCGCCGGCCGUUGGCACCCCGGGUCCCAUCGGCGGCAUCUGCAGCAGCACCACCAACCUGGUCUCCUCUUCCCCAAUGACUAUCAAAGAAGAAUUCAUGCCUUAAGACCAGCAGAUAGCAAGACACAGCUAGAUGUGCCGUGCGGCGGAGUGGAAGCAGGUGGGGAGCUCUGGAGGCUUCACAAAGACAUGAUGCUGUAAGGGCUGAGCCUACGAAGCCACUUCCUCUCUAUCUGGAGGAUAUUUUUGAUGGCCGAUGACCCCUCUGUGGCGGUGUCAUGGACUCAGUUCUAUGUAUAAAAACAAUAGGUUAGUUACUGUUACUCUGUGGUAGGAAAGAAACACUGAUCGGGCCUCAAAUAUUUAUAAUCAAAUGCAAGAGGGGGCAUUUGGGGGAUGGGAGGAGACAAUGGGGCCUAGGAAAUGUCAGUGGCAGGAGGGGAAUAGGUUGGGCUCCUGGCUGCAGGUUCAGGAGACUGGUCAGGAAUGACUUCCCCUCGGCACAUCAGGCGGAAUGGGGCUAUUCAAACAAGACUGGACUAAACACUAGAUCAAUGAACUGCCUGAAACAAGCUUCUGAAUCAGUCUCUGGCAUUCCCCACAUCCAUCCAGGGGCAGAAGGGAGAGAAGCAGCUGAAGCCGUUCUGUAGGGGUGAGGAGCACACAGGAGACAGGACUGAAGAGAUUAGCCAAGAGAAGACACUCAGCUGGUGCCUGGUGGGGGAACAGAAGUGGGGAGGCAACAUGGGGACAAGCUAGGAAGUUUCUCUGGAGCAAGUGCGUUUUUGUAAGCCUGAGGCAUCAAAGUGGGAGGUGGAGUAAGCACCGUUCCAGGAAAGGUGGUUGUUUUAAACUGGGUGAAUUUGGUCCUCCUUUAAACAACAGGCUCUUAGUACUGGGCUAGGAGCGGGAACUCCGCUAACAUACCUUUGUCCUCAUCUGUAGCACCCACUGUUGUAGUCCCAGGCUCCCUACACACAGCUCUGCCAAUGCUAUUCCAGUCCUGCAUGUCUU